UAAGUGGUGUACCUAUGCUGAUAUUUUAAAGAGUCAAAAUCAGUUAAUUAUUCUUAAACGGCAGAAACUAUUUAUAUAUUGUAUAUUAUUGUAAUAGUACCUACCUACGUCUGUUUUAUAGCAUUAAAGCUACAUCCGUAUACUAUAUUUUAUUUUAAAAUAAUUAUUAUUCAGGAAUUAUUAAAUUAAUUUAUUUUAGGAAGGUUAAUGAACCAAAUUUAAAUCUUAGAUCGUGUUAGUUGUUGGGCGUAUAUUUCAGAUGUUAAUGACAUUCUCUUUGCAAUCAUAAUAAAAAUUGAAAGACUAUACCAUCGUUUCUCAACCUUUUUGGUCUCAUAACAUAAAAUAUGGUUAAUCACUUCGCGACCCUCUUCCUAUAUAUACUUGAUACAUAUUUGAAUAAUAAAAGUAUAUCGUUGGGAAAGCCAUUAACAGUAAAGUGCCCAUAUUAUUUUCAGUAUUUUUUUUGUUUGAUUAAAAAAGUUCAUUUUGUGAAUUGGUAUUUUAUUAUUUUUAACCUAUGCGACCCCUCAGUUGAGAAACGCUGGCGUUAUACAAUAUCUAGUAGAAUAAAAAUAUAGCCAAAUCAUACAACAUUAUAAAAUUAUUUUAGCAUUAGUUUUUAAGAUAGAAUCAUUUUAGGCUGAACCUUUAAAUUGUGAUUAUUUUUAAAACUGCAAAAACCAAAAGGUUUAAAUGUUUUCUUAUUAUUUAGAAAUAUUUUUCUAUUUAAUAAAUCUAUUUAAAAUAUUAUUUUCAGUAAAUCCACUGAUAUUGAUCAAAUCAUUUUGUUGUUAUAUUUUGGAAAUAAAAUGUGUAUAAUUUAACAAAAAUAUUGUCGGUAAAUAGUAUCUUGAAAAAGAUCUGGUAACUCUCAGGUUUUGACAUAAACCUAUAGCCACAUAGUCAAUAUUUUGAAAUUUUAUUGUGAAACAUAAUUUAUAUCAAACAUUAUAAUAUAGGCACCUACUAGGUAAUUUCAAAUCCACAAGAAUAAUAUUAAAAUAUUUAAAAAAAAUAAUAAUUACUGUAAGAACUGUAUUAAAUUUUUUACAUUUACACUAUGUAGUUGAUAUAUAAUAAAAAUUAAUUUUCAGUUUUGUAUGGCACGUACUCCAUUUUGUUUCUUCCAAGAGAAGAAUGUGACCAUACCGUACGCUGUAUAAAAUAGAUAUAUGUAUAAUAAGCAAAUGAUAAUAAAUUUGCCUCCAUAGUCCAUCCACCAACCGGCUUUCAGUAAUUUUGUAUUUUUGUCACUGCCGUCUAAUGUAGCAACACUAUAAGCUACCAACUGUACGCCUGUAGUGGUAGGUUGUACUAUAACAUACUAACUAAUGUCUUAUUUCCGUCCAGCGUUCACUCUCUAAUUUUUGAUUUAAAAUUUAAAAUUAUUGUAUUUUGUGCUUUUGUACUCAAGUGUAGGCAGUGUAGUGUGUAUCUACUCUAAUUUCGCUAUGGAUGACGAAAAAACGUUUGACAAAUUACCUGUUGAAAUGAUAUCUCAUAUAUUUGCAUUUUUAAAAUUUGAAGACAGAAAAGUUGCAUCAAGUGUUUGUUGGUCAUGGUAUAAUGUGUCUAUUCAACCAAGAUUUUUAAAAAAUGAAAUUAUAUGUUUAAAAGAUAUGAAAAAUGAAAAAAUGAUUGAUGUGCUCCAAAUAUAUGCUAAAAGCUUGCGCCCUUUAUUUGCGUUUAGGAUCAGUAUUAUUGCAAAAAUUCUAGAUGAAGCAUAUUAUGGAGCGAGAUCAAUAAAUAAAAAUCAAUGGGAUUGGGUAUACACUGUGUGGUCAUUUAUAGGAGCCAAAGUAGUUUAUCUAGAAGUUUUUAUCUCAGUAAAAUGUAAUGACGGCAUUUUACCUGCGUUAUUAAACGUAACUAAACAAUUGAAAGUAUUGAAAAUUCAUGAUCUUACAUUGUGUUCUGAAGAAGAACUGUAUAAAGUAAACAGACUUGAGUCACUAGAAGAACUAGUGUUGGAUAAACUUGAAAUACACAAUAUUGAUAAAAAAAAAUUAUUGGGAAUAAUACCAAAACAACUUCGUAAGCUUUGUCUUAAUUAUAUGCAAAACAGUAACUCUAUUAUUGAAGAUUUAACAGAUGUAUUUAAACAGUGUUCUUCUCAUCUUGUGAGCCUUGAACUUAUUUGUAUAGACGUGACACUUGCAUUGAUGGAAUCAAUCGUAAGCCUUAAUAUGAAGCUGAAAAAAUUUGGCUUAACUCUGGAUUACGACCAAGGGCCAGAAGUAAUAUUACCACUAUUUAAAACACAAUGGCCAUUAGUUGAUUUGCAAUUAAGAGGUGAAUGCUUGACUUAUGAACAUUUAUUUGCUAUUACCAAUACUUUUAAAGACCUAGAAAAUUUAUCAGUAACCGGUAAAUCUGUAUCGUCGUUUGAAGUCUUGGUUGGAAUUGCUGGAUCAUCAUUUGAUUCACUAAGGAAAGUAACAAAAUCAAUCAAUUCAUUAAAAAAAUUAAAAUCUCUCUGUGUUGGAGUCGAGAGAAGUGGAGUUUAUUCACCACUAUAUUAAUAGAAUAAUAAUUAAUAUUACGUUUGAAAAUUAAUGACUACUAUACACUGUCCAACAAGAGGAUAUGCUACUGCCAAUGUAAAUCAGUUCUGUGCAUUCUCGCAAGACACUGUCAUAGUGGAACCAGACUUUUCCUGUGGGGAUACGUAGAUCUAAUUUUUAAUGGACUGUGUCAUACUCUUUUUUCUGCAGUUUAGUUUUUUUAGAUCUUAUCUAAUUAAAACUGAUCUGAACAUACUGUUUGUACAAUUUAUACAUUCACUUAAAUUACUUAUGACAAUAGUCACAAGUUAACUAUAGGAUCAGCACCACUGGUCUUAUUAAAUUAUUAUUCUUAUAAGGUGUUUUGGUUUGUUUAAAUAGCAACUAAAACAAAUAAAUAAAAAAGUAGCAUUUACACAAUUUAACAUAAUAACUAUUUUUCCUUGCACAAAUAACUUUAAUUUGUAUUUUUUUUUUCAAUAUAAUUUUAUAAUGUUUGAAAUUAGUUUUUUGAUGUAAUGCUUACUAAUUUUGUUAAGAUGCUUCGCUACUGCUGUCAAUUUUAAAUUAAAGUUAAUUU